GACCGCCCCGCUCCGAGGGCGCGAGCGGGGCUCCGGGCCGGGCCAGCGCCCCGAGGUGGAGGCCAAAGGCGUGCACACCGCUGGGAAAUGCCGGGAGGAGUUCGGGGCGCCCCUCGCUCGCCCGGCUCCGGAGCGACCCCUUGAGCGCACCCACCGCCCCUCGGCUCGCUGCUGGCUGCCGCGUCCGCUCGGCGACCCAGGAGCACGUAUCCAGAUGUUGGCCCAGCCACCACAGGGGAGUCCUCUGGGAGACUGAGGGGCAAGCUCAGGCCAGGUUGAGGCCAAAGGCCAUGGCGGCCCCCCUGGAGCCCCCGGACCAGGCCCCUGGAGAGGGAGCAGGGCUUCUGAUCAUAAAGGUGGAAGACCCCUCCUGGGAGCAGGACUGUGGCCAGCCUGAGGACAGCAGGGAUGCCGAGACCUGCCGCCAGCGCUUCCGGCAGUUCUGCUACCAGGACUCAGGUGGGCCCCACGAGGCCUUCAGCCAGCUGUGGGAACUGUGCUGCCGCUGGCUGCGACCAGAGCUGCGCACCAAGGAACAGAUGGUGGAGCUGCUGGUGCUGGAGCAGUUCCUGGAUGUGCUGCCCGGGGGCCUGGAGGGCCAGGUGCGCGAGAGGCGCCCAGGGAGCGGUGAGGAGGCUGUGGCCUUGGCGGAGGAUCUGCAGAGGCAGCUGGGGAAAGCUGGACAGCAGGAUGUGCCCCAAGGGGUACUGGAAGCCGGGGCUGCAGUUCAAGGAGCCCAGGGGCCUCCCCCAGAGGUGGGGGCACAGAGCCAGCCGCCCCGUGAACAGCCUAGCCACAGUGCCCAGCUCGCCCCCAAGCCCCCUGCCUUUCCUAAAGAGGGGCGUUCCAGAGAAUCUGUGGGUGCCCACCUUGCCUCCGGGGUCCACGGGCCUGUGACAUUUGGAGAUGUUCCCUUCUACUUCUCCCAGGAAGAGUGGGGGUCCCUGGACCCUGCACAGAGGGAUCUCUUCUGGGACAUCAAGCGGGAGAACUCGAGGAACGUCAGCCUGGGUUUAGGGCUCCAAAGUCAGAGCGAGCCAUCUCAGCUGGAGGAGGCGGCGGCGGCGGCGGCGGCAGCAGCAGCGUCCCCUGACCCAGCCGGCGGUGACACGGCUGUGUUCUGGAGCUCCGAAGAGGCCGAGGGCUGGGAGAGCGAAAACAGGCCCGGGGAGGGGCCGCGGGCGGGGGCGGCGCGGCGGGGACGGCCCCCCAUGCGCCGGCAGCAGUUCCAGGAGCUGGCCGCCAAGCGGCCCCACGGCUGCGGGCAGUGCGGCAAGCGCUUCCGCUGGGGCUCAGACCUGGCGCGCCACCAGCGCACGCACACGGGCGAGAAGCCGCACAAGUGCCAGGCGUGCGAGCGCAGCUUCCGCAGCUCGUCGGACCUGGCGCGCCACCAGGGCGUGCACACAGGCCAGAAGCCCUUUGCGUGCCCCGAGUGCGGCAAGAGCUUCAGCCGCAGCGCCUACCUAGCCGACCACCAGCGCAUCCACACGGGCGAGAAGCCCUUCUCGUGCCCAGACUGCGGCAAGAGCUUCUCGCUGCGCUCUUACCUGCUGGACCACCGGCGCGUGCACACGGGUGAGCGGCCCUUCGGCUGUGGCGAGUGCGACAAGAGCUUCAAACAGCGCGCCCACCUCAUCGCCCACCAGAGCCUGCACGCCAAGAUGGCCCAGCCGGUGGGCUGAGCUGGCGCCCCUGCCGGCCAACCGGAACUCACUCCCACUAAGAGGGUUCUCCCACCCGAACCUGGACAGCCGUCCAGCACCCCAGCACCGCACCUCCCUUCUCACAGAGGCCAUAGAUGGGCAGUGGGGGGCGCAGACAGGGCUCACUACCGCUGUAGCCACUGGCCUGCGGUCUAUUUCUGGGGGAUGCAAGGCCGGGCCCUUUGCCUGUUCCAGCCAGUGCCUUCCUAGUGUGGGUGGAGGAUGUGGGGCAGCCUUGUGGCCCUCCGGUCCCCCGCUCCCCAGCAGGGUCUGGGUCUUGGCAGCUUCCCUGUGGGGGUACAGGAACUUCUCGGCCCUGCCCUUCCUCCUGUGACCUCUGCCCUGCCCUGGAGACACUGGCAUUGCCUGUGGUUCUCAGCACUGUGCCCAGCUGCGCCCGGAGGGCUUCCCACUAACCAGUGGGCAGAACUGCCCCUUAGGCACUGCAUCGCCGCUGCAUUUUGGGCAGCUUUUUGUAGCAGGGGACAGACUUCUUGGAAGGCCCUGGGCCAAGGUCCCCAAAGGGCAUUGGAGGGCUUGAAUAAACAUGAAUACCUG